AUGGAAGCUCAACACCAUCAUGGCAAGCCUCAAGCUGAAGGAGAAUGGUCCACAGGCUUCUGUGAUUGCUUCUCCGACUGCAAAAACUGUUGUAUCACAUGCUGGUGUCCAUGUAUUACAUUUGGUCAAGUCGCUGAGAUUGUAGAUCAAGGAUCAACCACGUGUGGUACGGCUGGGGCACUAUACACGUUGAUAAGUUGUUUUACUGGUUGCGGAUGUCUCUACUCGUGUUUCUAUCGUGGAAAGAUGAGAGCUCAAUACAAUAUUGGAGGCAGUGAUUGUGGAGAUUGCCUUAAACAUUUCUUCUGCGAGCUCUGUGCACUCACUCAACAAUACCGUGAACUCAAGAACCGUGGCUACGAUAUGAAACUUGGAUGGGCCGGGAACGCACAGCUGCAACAGAACCAAGGCGUGGCGAUGGGUGCUCCAGUCUUCCAAGGCGGCAUGACCCGCUAAAGACCCCCUGAAUAUAUAAUUCAUUUAGUCAUAUAAUAAAGUGAGGUUUAAUCCUCUGUGUGGAUUUGUGUAAUAUGAUUGUUAUGAUUUAUGAAAGUGAUUGUAUAUGUUUGUAUAAUACUCGGUCAAGAAUAUGACACAUGCUAACAUGUCAUAAUACGUCUUUGAUUAAUUUGGUUUGGUCGAGAUUGUUAUUGUUGAGGUUGAAUAGUCU